AUGGCAGCACGCACGCCCAUGUUUUUGUACCUGCCGGCUCGGCGAACAACGGGCGUUCGCUCCUCGUCGCGCAAGCGUAGUUCAAAUUCAUCCGCCAUAUUCGUCGUGUCAGACGGAGUGCAGUGCACGGCUGUGACAUGUUUAUUCGUAAACUGCAUAAAACUUAUGACAUCGAGUCGUCACUGGUGCUUGUAUUAUUUAGAUAACUCUUCAAAUAUGCGAUUUGAUGGAGUCUUGAAUGGAUACUCGCGUCGUUUGUUGAAUUAUAAACGUGCAUCGAACAGUGCAUUCGUGUGUUUAUGA